UUUACUGUCAAAGUCAACUAGUUAUAAAUUCUCCAAUUUUCGUCCCAUACUUUAUACUAUAUCAAGUGUAAACAAAUUUCUGAUUAAAUAGAGUUAUAUUAUACUUUAUUAAAAAUGGCUAUGGCAAUGCAGAGAAAGGCAAACGUACGUUUGCCACCUGAAAUUAACAGAAUUUUGUACGUUAGAAACCUACCGUAUAAAAUAACUGGUGAAGAAAUGUAUGAUAUAUUUGGUAAAUAUGGAGCAAUCAGACAAAUCCGUGUAGGAAACACUCCCGAAACUAGAGGAACCGCUUUUGUAGUUUUUGAAGAUAUAUUCGAUGCAAAAAAUGCUUGUGAUCAUUUAUCCGGUUUCAAUGUAUGUAACAGAUACCUAGUUGUUUUGUAUUAUCAAGCUAACAAGGCAUUUAAAAAGACAGACAUCGAUAAGAAACAAGAAGAAAUUGAUAAAAUGAAAUCAAAGUAUGGAAUUAAUACAUAAAGUUUAAUUUACUCUAUUGAGAAAUAAUGUAUAUACUUUAAGAUUUAAGUUAAUAUGUGUAAAAUAUUUGAACAAUUUGUCAAUUUUAUAAAUAAAUCGAAUUAAAAACAUGGUUUAUAAGGUACAUAAA